GUAUUUCCAAAAUGGCGUCGUUUCUUUCUCGUUCUGUAAGACCAACUUUUAGCGCAUUUAUUCGUCCAUUUGUAGCUCGUUCUGCCGCCUACACGACAGAAAAAGGUCAAAUGGUUGCUGGACAAGGCGAAACAUCUGUUGAUACGGCAGUAGAUAGCGAACAAUCAGGGAGGAUUGCUGUGUUGUCUGGAAUACCAGAGUGGCAUCUCAAAAACCGUAAAGSCAGGAUAUUCUUCCCUGCUAAGAAUGCCAUGCAGUCGGGGACUCAAAGUUUUCGUACUUGGAGACUGGAGUUUGAAAACAUGGAAAGAUGGGAGAAUCCUUUGAUGGGCUGGGCUUCAACUGGUGAUCCCUUGUCUAAUGUCACUGUUGACUUCCAAUCUAAAGAAGAUGCCAUAGCCUUUGCAGAGAGCCAAGGGUUUAAUUAUGAAGUGGAUGACCGACAUGAAAAGAAGGUUCUACCAAAAUCUUAUGGAGCUAAUUUUUCAUGGAACAAGAAAACUAGAGUCUCUACUAAAUGAGUCGUUUAAUUUUCAGUUUGUUUCAUUUUGUAAAUAAUUUGAGUAAAAGUAUUAAAAGUUUGAUUAACAUUUAA